AUGCGGGGCUUCACAUUCUCUGGUCCCGUGUCAAGACGCCUAGAGGAAGAGGAGGAGGAGGAGGAGGAGGGCGGACAGAAGGACGAUGCAUAUGGAGUCCAAGCGACUGCAGCAUGUUUGAAAAAGAAGAGGUUAAAAGUGGAUGGAGGAGUUUGUGCUGUUGGAAAGUCGGGCUCCCGGUCUUUAACUCUGGGGGACUCAUGA